UCUUUCUUUUUAUUAACCACAAUCACUGUGUAGCUAUGAUAUGAAACUCUUAUUCUGUAAAUUUGAAAUAUUUCCUUUUGCAAACUUGAUCUUGAUUGUAUGCUUUGUUGUUUCAUUCUCAGCAUGCGUUUUGAUUCAUAGAAAAGUGGUCCCCUUUUGUUUCUCUCCUUCCUUUUUUCGAAGGCGACCUUUUUAUGGCUUUUGUUUCUUUCCUCCAUUUUCUUUUAUAUAUCUGUCAAUGCAAAUCGAGCACUAGUUUGGUUUUAUCUUCUUCUGUGUUUCUGAAUUCUGAUUUCUGGGAUUGAUCACCUACUAGGGUAUUGCCUCUCUCUCUCUCUCUCUCUCUCUCUCUCUCUCUCUCUCUCUCUCUUACAAGUGCUCUUGUUAAAUGAUUUAAGUGAUGCAUCAACAUGACAUGAUUCUACAAUUAUUGUUUUUUAAGAUUUGAUUACUUUAUCACAAAUGCAGUCUCCGAAAUUUAUAUUUUGUUAAAGUGAUGUUGUGGUAAAUUGCCUAUUCCGGUUUAAUUCUGGUUUUGAGACUAGUUUUACCUGAAAGGCUUGGUUGCUGUGAUAUCUCAUGGCUUCUUUACAGUUGGAAACAUGGUUCUCUUUGAUCUCCUUCUGGUGCAUUUCUGCAUUAACUACUUCUUAAAAAAUGGUAUUUAUGGGGUUUGUUUUUGCAAUUGAUCGUGCACCAUUCUAAAGUGGGGAAAGAUAAAAUCUUGAGGUUGUUUUGAAAAAUAAAAUAAAAUUGAGGAGUCAGUGGCUAAGUUGCAUUGCAUAUAAGACUUCAGCUUUAGUGUUUUUGAAACCAUAGGGACUAAUGGGAUUUUCUAACCUCUCAUCAAAGAUCUAACCUCUCAUCAAAGAAGAAGACGGUUUUUAACCAUUGGGUAAAAACUCAACUGUUGUUAAAGUUUGCUUAGGAUCUGAUUGUGAUGUGCUUUCCAGGUGGAUACUUCAUAUCUUGGAAGACAUUCUAAUAAAGUUGAACCAUCAUAGAGGAUGAAUGGGCAGAAAAUUAAGCGCCGAGUGGGUAAAUAUGAGGUAGGGAGGACCAUUGGGGAGGGAACAUUUGCAAAGGUGAAAUUUGCUAGGAACUCUGAGACUGGGGAGCCUGUGGCUCUUAAGAUUAUUGAUAAGGAGAAGGUUCUCAAGUAUAUGCAAGCUGAGCAGAUCCAGCGAGAAAUAGCCACAAUGAAGUUGAUCAAGCAUCCAAAUGUUGUUCAACUAUAUGAGGUCAUGGGGAGCAAGACAAAAAUAUACAUUAUUUUAGAGUUUGUGACUGGGGGAGAACUUUUUCAUAAAAUUUUAAACAGUGGACGGAUAAGUGAAAAGGAAGCACGUAGAUAUUUCCAGCAGCUUAUCAAUGCGGUUGACUAUUGCCAUAGCAGGGGUGUCUAUCACAGAGACCUGAAACUAGAGAACUUACUAUUAGAUGCUUUUGGGAACCUUAAAAUUUCUGAUUUUGGAUUGAGUGCACUUUCCCAACAAGUCAGGGAUGAUGGACUGCUCCAUACAACAUGUGGAACUCCAAACUAUGUUGCUCCUGAGGUCCUUAAUGAUGGAGGCUAUGAUGGGGCAGCUGCAGAUUUGUGGUCAUGUGGUGUGAUUCUCUUUGUAUUGCUUGCAGGCUACUUGCCUUUUGAUGACACCAAUCUUUUGAACCUAUAUAAAAAGAUUUCAGCUGGUGAAUUUACAUGCCCCCCCUGGCUUUCAUUUAGUGCCAGGAAAUUGAUAACUAGAAUCUUGAAUCCCAACCCCGUGACUCGUAUCACUAUAUCGGAGAUUAUGCAUGAUGAAUGGUUUAAAAAAGAAUACAAACUUCCAGUUUUCGAGGAGACAAAGGAGAGAAACACUGAUGACAUUGAGACCAUAUUUAAAGACUGUGAAGUACACAAUGUAAGAGAGAAGGAAGAUCAGCCAACACCUAUGAAUGCAUUUGAAUUGAUAUCCUUGUCCAAAGGGCUGAACCUAGAAAACUUGUUUGACGUAGACCAGGGAUUUAAAAGAGAAAUAAGGUUCACAUCAAAAUGCUCUGCCAAUGAGAUAAUCAACAAGAUUGAAGAAGUUGCAAAACCUCUUGGUUUUGAUGUGCAGAAGAAAAAUUUCAAGAUGAAGCUUAAAAAUGUGAAAGCUGGAAGGAAGGGAAACCUCAAUGUUGCCACAGAGAUAUUUCAAGUGGCACCUUCUCUUCACGUGGUUAAGAUUAAUAAGGCAAAAGGUGAUACAUUGGAGUUCCUUAAGUUCUACAACAAGCUUUCAACACGCUUGGAGGAUGUUGUUUGGAAAACUGAAGAUGACAUGGACGAUGCAAAGUGAAAUUGAUGUAACCAACAAUGUUGUUUCUUGGUGUAUAGCAAUGUCGUAAUAUGUUCCAUCGUCAUCAGAUUGUUGUCCACAUUAACUUUGGUAGGUUUGGUUGGGCAUAUAGCAAUGUUUUCCUUGUUGGAAAAUCGAGUUUAUGUCAAUACUCUUCUAAUGUUGAACUAAGUUCAUUAUACAAUAAAUAUGGAAGACAUUGUAUAUCUCCAUUUUGUUAGUAACGAUCUAUUUCCCAUUUAUUGCUAUUAUAAUUAGAUAACAUCGUUGUGCAUAUUACAACAACUGAGAACAUACUCUUGAGAGAAAGAUGCCAACAAAACAAUAUCAAAGUAAAAAAGAUAUUAAGAAAAACAAUAUUAUAUACAGAAAAAAAAAUGAAAAAGAACAUCAACAUAAGUUAUUUAUAGAAAAAACUGAGUCAGUGCAGUUAGUUGUCAGUUGCAUAAAGACUAUUAAUAAGGGAAGUAGU